AUGACAACAAAAUCGAUUCCAAAAGCCUACAAGCUUUCGAAUGGGAAGCUUUUACCAAGUAUCGGUCUUGGAUGUUACGACAUUCCCCAUGGUGACUCGUCGGAGGUGGUUUAUCAAGCUUUGAAAACGGGAUACAGACAUGUGGAUACGGCAGUCCUAUAUGGAAAUGAGAGAGAAGUGGCAAUGGGAGUUGUGCGCUGGCUGAAAGAGGACCCGGUUAACAACAGACGUGAAGACGUUGUGUACACUACUAAAUUGUGGAACUCGCAAAAUGGGUAUGCGAACGCGCAACGUGCCAUCAAAGAAUGUGUUGCUAAAGCCGGAGAAUUGGGCUACAUCGAUCUUUUGCUUAUUCAUUCGCCGCUCAGCGGGCCCAAACUGCGUUUGGAGACAUACCAGGCGAUGCAAGAAGCGGUGGAUCAAGGCGUUGUCAAGUCUGUAGGGGUUUCGAAUUAUGGAGCCCAACAUAUCGAAGAGCUUUUGUCCUGGGAGGGCCUGAGGUACAAACCUGUGGUGAAUCAGAUCGAAAUUUCGCCCUGGCUCAUGCGUCAGCAGCUGGCCGAUUUUUGCAAGUCAAAGGGUCUCGUGGUCGAAGCAUACGCGCCCUUGACGCAUGGAUACAAGAUCAACCAUCCAAACGUGCUGAAAGUUGCACAAGAAGUCGGCUGUGACCCGGGCCAAGUGCUGAUUCGCUGGUCGCUGCAGCAUGGCUAUGUGCCACUUCCGAAAUCCAGAUCUAUUCACAGGCUGAGAGGUAACCUGGAAUCCUAUAACAUCACCUUGUCCCAGGACCAAAUGGACUUCUUGGAUCAGCCCGAUGCUUACGAACCCACUGACUGGGAAUGUACAGACGCACCUUAG